CGCGCUCAUAGCCCUCUCCCCUACCCUACUCCAACCCCGUAGUCCUCCCCCGGUCGUCGUCGCUCGCCGUCGCCCGCCAUGGCGUCGAACUCGGACAUAAUUGUUCUCGCCGUCGGCCUGGUCCUCGCAGCAGUCUACCUGUUCCGGGACCAGCUCUUCGCCUCCAAACCCAAGUCCACGCCUAUAGCGCUCCCCAAGACCGCAAAUGCAGGCGGCGGCGACCCCCGCGAUUUCGUCCAGAAGAUGAAGGAUGCUAAAAAGCGCAUCGUCAUCUUCUACGGUUCUCAAACUGGUACCGCAGAGGAAUACGCCAUCCGUCUCGCCAAGGAAGCCAAGCAGAAAUUCGGUCUGGCAUCGCUCGUAUGCGACCCCGAGGAGUACGACUUCGAGAAACUCGACCAGAUCCCGGAGGACUGCUGUGUCUUCUUCGUCGUGGCUACCUAUGGUGAGGGCGAGCCGACUGACAACGCUGUCACGCUCUGCCAGAACCUCUCGGACGAGUCCUUCGAGUUCAGCAACGGCGAGCACAAGCUGCCCGGUGUCAAGUAUGUCGUCUUCGGUCUCGGCAACAAGACGUACGAGCACUACAACCUUAUCGCGAAGAACGUCGACCGCGAUCUUGAGAAGAUGGGUGGGAUCAGGAUUGGUGAGCGGGGCGAGGGUGAUGACGACAAGAGCAUGGAGGAGGACUACCUGGAGUGGAAGGAUGGCAUGUGGGAGGCAUUUGCGCAGGCGAUGAACGUCGAGGAGGGCCAGGGCGGUGACACUCCCGACUUCGCUGUUACGGAGGUCGAAUCCCAUCCGCCUGAGAAGGUCUACCUCGGUGAAUUGUCUGCCCGUGCUCUGACCCGCUCCAAGGGUAUCCACGAUGCGAAGAACCCCUACCCUGCUCCUAUCACCGUAGGUCGGGAACUCUUCCAGCAGCCUUCGGAGAGGAACUGCGUGCACAUGGAGUUCAACACUGAGGGUUCCGGUAUCACGUACCAGCAUGGCGACCACGUCGGUGUCUGGCCAUCCAACGCUGAGAACGAGGUCCUCCGGCUGCUCUGUGCGCUCGGUCUGCACGAGAAGAAGGACACGAUCAUCAACAUCGAGUCGCUCGACCCGGCGCUCGCCAAGGUGCCAUUCCCCGUCCCGACGACGUACAUCACGGUCCUACGCCACUACAUUGACAUUAGCGCUGUCGCCGGACGUCAGAUUCUCGGCGUCCUUUCUAAGUUCGCGCCCAACCCUGAGGCCGAGGCUUUCCUGAAGACGCUGAACACGAACAAGGACGAGUACAACAACGUCGUCGCGAAUGGCUGUCUCAAGCUCGGCGAGAUCCUGCAGCUCGCUUCCGGCAACGACAUUGCUGUCGAGCCGUCACCGGAGAACACCACGGCAUGGGCGAUCCCCUUCGACAUCAUCGUGUCCAGCAUCCCGCGUCUCCAACCCCGGUACUACUCCAUCGCGUCCAGCCCCAAGCUCUACCCGAACUCGAUCCACGUCACCGUCGUCGUCCUCGCGUACGAGUCUCUCGAGAGCGAGAAGGUCAAGACGCGCUGGAUCCACGGUGUCGGCUCCAACUUUAUCCUCAACCUCAAGUUCGCCGCGGGUAACGAGAGCGUCUCUCUGCUCGCUGAGGACGCAAAGCACAACCCAUCUCUCGCGAAGUUGCCGAACUAUGCGAUUGAGGGGCCGCGGAGUGCGUACAAGCAGGAGACCAUCUUCAAAGCGCCCAUCCACGUCCGGAGGUCUACCUUCAGGCUGCCGACGAACCCCAAGAGCCCUGUCAUCAUGAUCGGUCCCGGUACUGUGAUUAUACCGCAUUUCCUCAGUAGUGAGUGUAAUCUAAUACAUCAUCAGGGUGUCGCACCAUUCCGCGGCUUCGUGCAAGAGCGUGUCGCCAUGGCUCGUCGUACGAUCGAGAAGAACGGUGUAGAGGGUCUCGCCGACUGGGGCAGCAUCCGCCUCUACUUCGGCUGCCGGCGUUCGGACCAGGACUUCCUCUACAAGGACGAGUGGCCCGAGCACGCGAAGGAGCUGCACGGCAAGUUCACGAUGCGCUGUGCGUUCUCGCGCGAGGUGUACAAGCCCGACGGCGGCAAGAUCUACGUGCAGGACCUGCUCUGGGAAGAUCGCGACCACGUCGCGGACUCGAUCCUAAACGGGAAGGGCUACGUGUACAUCUGCGGUGACGCGAGGAGCAUGAGCAAGGCGGUCGAGGAGACGCUGUGCAGGAUAUUGGGCGAGGCGAAGGGCGGCUCGGCGGAGGUGGAGGGCGCGGCGGAGGUUAAGUUGCUGAAGGAGCGCAGCCGGAUGCUCUCGGAUGUCUGGAGCUGAGGGAGCUUUGCUCAUUGUCUUGUGUUUUUCAUACACGCGCUGCUAUCCAUCGCUGUCGACGAUCCUUUUUGCGGGCCCCGAUCCGUAUCUCUUGGAAGUAGAUUUAUUUAUCUGUCUUGUGCAUCAGACUGGCCGUAGACCAUGCAUACAAUGGAAUCACUCCUGCACCCCACUUCU